UUUCUCUUCCUCUCGAGAGAAUAUUGUGUGCAUGCCGAGUCUAUCACUAAAAUAGCAUCACAUUUUUCAAGUUGUUUGUAGUGGUAUACUUGAAUGAAUAAAACAGACAUUUUUUUAUUAAACAUUAUUAUUUUUACUGAAGAUUAUUAAAUUUCAAUGGAGCAGCUAAUUGCAUCAUCUAAAAAAGGUCAAUGAUCGUCGGCCGUCCGUGAGAGUGACUUGGUAAGACGUAUGCAAAGUUGUGGCCGGCAAGCAAGUUUGUUUUAAGCCAUCGUUUAUUCAUUCUCUCUCACCAUUUUCUACAUCAACAAUUAGACCCUGUGUUGCAGCGUCUGAUCUGGGGAUCAUGGACAAACUGGUGGUGAAAGUGAAACAGAGGAAGAUACUGUCCUUUCUGCCUAAACUUGUAUCAUCACCAGCUGUACUCACUUUCCAAGUCAGCCCACCAAUAAGCCCUGUUGGCAAAGGGUCUUCUUCCUCAGCUCCGACCAUCGUAUCCUUGAUUCCCAAGGGAGCUCCAAGGAAGUCUAGGAAUGGGAGCUUUGAUGCACGUGAGCCUGCCUCCCCAAAAGUUUCGUGCAUCGGCCAGAUCAAGCGCAACAAAAAGAAAAAACAAGCUGCCAGCAAAUCUAAGCUACCCUCACCUCCACCGCAAGUAACAUGUGCAGAACAAGUGAAGGGGAAACAGGCAUCAAAAGUGACAAAGCAUGGUCAUAAGAUUGCGGAAGGUGCAAGAGUUCCUUCCCUUGGGCAGACGAAGCAAUUUUCAAGCCCACGUGGCACCUUAUCAGAUUUUGAUUGGGAGACUUGUGAUCAAGCAGCUGGCUUCGUCACCAAUCCUUUGUACGAGGAAAAGGUGGUUGCCAAUGUAAAUGGAGUUAAGGAAUCAAGAAAUACAAAGUUGUGGAGUAGAAGAACCUCGACACGUCUAACUCCACUUCAAUUGUAGUAACUCCAUCACUGUCUGCAUUGCUAUGUAGUAAAUAGAACCCUUUUUUCUUACAUUUCAUAAUUAAUGUCAUGUUACAAAUUUCUAAACAAUUAACUCAAUUGAGUAUUCAUUAGUA